AUGUUUAGAACGACGUCCUUCGCACAGUUCUUCGCCACUUUUGUUGCGUUGAAGCGGACGGGAAAACCCUCAGAUACUCCUGAUUACAAACAGGUGUAUCUUCCUUAUGAUACAGCCCCAACACAACUUGAGAUGGACCGGGAAAGGAAAAAGCUGCAGAACGCGUAUUAUGGUCGUAUGGAGCAUCGCAAGUUAGUUGAAGUUAAGGAGGUACCACUAAACGUAUUUACCUACGGCAAGGAAGGAAUGUCACUGCCUAUUUCUAUUUUCAAGGAACAGAAGGAUCCCGUUAUCGGUCCAGAGUGGACAUAUCCUGGAAUCUAUGAAAACAAAAUUGCGGCUCAACAUUGGUUCACAGAAGAAUUAUUUAAUAGGGAAAAGAACAAUGAGUUCGAAUCACCUUGGCAGAAGCAGGUACUUGAUAACCAAAUAAAGCGGCGACUUGGAAAGGUAGCGUUUCGAAUGAAGAUGGUGAACAUAAAGGCGGUGGAUCUGUUUCAAAAAGAAAGAGGAUCGGCGAAAAGAGGAGCUACUGGUACCACAGACAAAGGUAAGGAUACAGGGGGAAAGAAAUGA